AUGUUUUUUGGGGCUGUCGGAUUUGCGUUUCGACGGAGCUGGAAGCAGCUAUUUCUUCUCCAGAUCUCUCACUUGCUUCUCUUUCACCGAUCGGUUUAUCAAGCAGCAAUGGUUCUCGAUGGGAUUGUAUCUUCACCAUUAAGGAGACCACAGAUUCUAAAGAAGCAGUGGGAAGAGUUGGGUAGCUUCUCAACAGUUAUCCAGAGGCAUCGAUAUCUGUUAACAGCAUUGGUUCUCUUGGCAUUCCUCUGCACUGUCUAUCUAUACUUUGCAGUCACUCUAGGCGAUAGGCAUUCGUUGUGCUAUGGCUUGACCGGGAAGGCCAAGGCAAUGUGUCACUUAAAACAUGUCCAAGCUAUCUCCAAAGGGAAACUCAAAUUCUUCUAG